AUGGAAGAUCUAUCAAGCAUCUCAUCAUCACUCCAGGAUAUUCUGUCCUCUCCAGAAGGUGGCGAAAGUCUUGCUUCUACCAUCCAGACAUAUCUCUCCAGCUCUUCACUUGCAACUCAGAAAGCAGUCGUGGAAGUCUUUAUUGAAUUGUUGGAUGAAGGAGAUGAUCUUACUCGGACAGCACGUCGAGAAACAAUACUAUCAGAUACAUCCCUGACAUAUCUCCCACUCCUCCUUCCUCUGCCUUUUGCGAAAGAGGCAGUACUCCUGGUAGCUGAGUAUGCUAAACCUCGUGAAGUCGUAUUGGGUUUAAUAGAAGGUAUACAAUCUAUAUUGGAUAGGUCAGAAGGAUAUCAAGUUUCAGAUAAUGAUGGAGAAGAAGAUGGAGACGAGGGCUACAAUGUCGAUAUAGACUGGGUAGAGUUGAUAGGAGAGUAUAUUCUGAUUAUACGUUGUUUGAUCACCGCUAUACCUAGAUUAACGAAUAAUAAGAGUACUCCCACGUUAUUAUCGAUAAAUGAAGCAAUAUCAUCUUCCUUACCUAUCAUAGCUCAAGAGACCGUUUCGAGUUCUUCAAAGGUAUUAUUGAAGGUACUAUGUGAACUCGUAGAUACCACAUGGAAAUGGACUCAAGAGACGAGUGAUAAAGGCGGUGAACAAAGAGCUAUACUUUCGAAUCUUUUGUUUCAGUCUAUCACACUCUUGGGUCAUAAAGCCAAUGCGAUGAUGGUCGAAAGAUGGUUUUUGAAGACUUUCCCGAAAUUUAAAAUGACACGUUCUUAUCAUGAAGUAGCGGGAACCGGAGCGGAGGAGUGGACAGAUGGGCAAGAAGUAUUCAACAAAGCAUUGGAAUCAGCCAGUUUACUCCAUCUCACAGCAUCAGAUCUCCUCCAAAAUAUCGUCAAUCCUUCUCAUCUCACCGCUUAUGCAGCUUUGGCUUCUCUCAAUCUCUUAUCUUCAAGACUCGUCACUGAGAGUCCGACCUCAUUAAUUCCUACAGCAGUCUCAUCAACUUUGAUCGAUGAUAGCAUGCCAAUUUUAUUUGCUGCGUUGAGUGGUUCAAGUAUCGACGCAGGACUGACCUAUACUUGGACACUGGUUCAUUAUGCUUUGCAAAAUGAGCAGAAGACGGGUGAAAAAAUUAUGGAAUACGAUAAUGCUUCAAUGCUAAUUGAGCUUUUAGUCCCAUUGACAGCUCAACAUCCUUCUUCUCUUACAAGAUUAGCACUUUUCAAGCUCAUAGGAGGUAUCGUAUCAAUACAGCAAUCAGUCACGAAUAAGAUAGAUUUAUUCAAACAGUUAUUAGAACCUGCUAACCCAUUCGAUAACAUUCGAAUACAAACGCUUUCUUUGCUGAGGGAGUUGAUCUCAAACAAACAAGUAUUAUCUCCUGUUUUGGUAGACGUGAUAUUCCCUAUACUGUUCAUUCCCUCGAACUCCCAAACCCAGAAUGAUGAUCCAUUUUCACUUCCACCUUCUGAACUUUUGAAGUCACCGUACAUCACUUGGUGGACCGAAUGUUUGAACCUAUUUUGGCUCCUCGUUGAUUUAGACCAUGAUGAUGUCACAUCAGUCGUGGCUUAUGCACAAGGCAAUGAAGGAUUAAAUCGAUGGAUAGACGCUAUAGGGCAAAAGUCGCUUGACAUACAAGCGCACUUGAGGACAGAGGAGAACGGACCCGAUGGUGCGGAAUUCACAGUGAUGAGAUUGGAGGAUGCGUUGAGUCGAGCAAAGGAAAGUCCGAUAAACUGA